AUGGCGGCGGCGGCGGCGACGGCGGCGAGUGUAGAGCAAUGGCCGCGCGUGACCUCCUCCAGGCGCCGGCUAAACGGGCCAGUGCCGCCCCGCCCCGGCCCCGCCCCGCCCACUCCACCCCAGCCCGCCGCCGCGGCGCCCUCCGCCCCCAGAUCACCACGCCGCGCCAUGCCGUCUCGCUUUAGCAUUUCUGCCAUUUUAUCAAUGAUGUGGAGGACAGGAUGGGUAAAGGAUGAAGUUAUUAAUAAACAGUUGGAUGUGGAGCUGGUGUUCGACGUGCUGUUGAACGACCCAGAACUGUCUCCAGCUCCGUUACCUUCACUUUUUAUACUCCCACUUAUCGGUGCAUAUGCACCACUGGCUGCAGUCUCUUCGGAACUGACGCCUACCUGCGGUGAACAUAAUGCCCACGUCCCCCAAGGUCCUCCAUCUCCUGAUCGGGUGGUAUAG